AUGCAGCUCUGCCCGGCCCGACCCCGGAGCCCUGGCUGGCGGCCGGGUGCGAAGGCCAUGAGCAUCCGGGAGCAGAUCGGGUAUCCCGACUACAUCCUGGACGAGGGGGACAAACACCUGGACGAGGAGUACUGCAAUCUGAACUUCUCGGAGCACCUGUACUUUGAGAACGGACUGCAGAAUCUCAAGGCUGGCGCCCAGCGGAGCCUCAAGAAGCUUCGGGAGAAGGUGGACCAAAACCUCUGGAUCAUCGGGGCCGCCGUGGUGAAUGCGUUCUACUCCCCAAACCGAAACCAGAUUGUGUUUCCUGCCGGGAUCCUCCAGCCCCCUUUCUUCAGCAAGGAGCAGCCACAGGCCUUGAACUUUGGAGGCAUCGGGAUGGUGAUUGGGCACGAGAUCACCCAUGGCUUUGAUGACAACGGCCGGAACUUCGACAAGAACGGGAACAUGAUGGACUGGUGGAGUAACUUCUCGGCCCAGCACUUCCGCAAGCAGUCGGAGUGCAUGGUCUACCAGUAUGGCAACUACUCCUGGGACCUGGCCGGCGACCAGAAUGUGAAUGGCUUCAGUACCCUCGGGGAAAACAUCGCAGACAAUGGAGGGGUGCGGCAGGCCUACAAGGCUUACCUAAAGUGGGUGGCGGAAGGCGGCAAGGACCAGCAGCUGCCAGGACUGGAGCUGACCUACAAGCAGCUGUUCGUCCUCAGCUACGCAUAGGUGUGGUGCGGGUCCUACCGGCCCGAGUUCGCCAUCCAGUCCAUCAAGACUGACGUCCACAGCCCCCUGAAGUACAGGGUGCUGGGCUCGCUGCAGAACCUGGCCGCCUUCGCGGACGCGUUCCACUGCGCACGGGGCUCCCCCAUGCACCCGAAGGUGCGAUGCCGCGUCUGGUAG